ACCAAACAGCCCCUAAUUUUCAACGUCCCGAAAUUUUCUUUUACCUUCCCCUGAAAACUUUUCGAAGGGCGUCGAAUUUUAAUUUUCUAUCACCUGUAAAUUUGCUACUUUACCUUCUCGCUCGAAUCGAAAGCCCUCGCUUCUCAAUCUCGAUGGUGAGAGUCCUCUAAACCCUAAAAACCCUUUGAUCCUCGUCGAUUUUUCUCUGAUUCAUCGACUUAUUCACUCUUUUUCGUUGAAUUUGUCGUGGCUUUGGUCUGGUCAGUCCUUCCUUUCUGGUGUGCAAUUCAGUGUCUAGGUUGAAGUAAGCCGAUAGAUGCAAUUAUUUGGGUGAAUUGUUGAGUCAUCUGUGAGAAUAGAUGACGAGCUGUACUAGAUCUGGGCGGAUCCUGAAACAGGAAGGAACUAGCAGCACAAAGAGUGGGGAUGCUGCUGCCAAAGUGAAAGACACAAAAGAUUCCCCUACUUCUCGUUCAACAGCAACUACUACAAAGAAUAAGGCGAAUAAUACUACUACUGCUAAAGAGGCCAGAAGCUUGAAAACUUCAAGCCCUAGCUCAAGGAAAUCUGGGAGGCUUGAUGCUCAGGCAUCAUCAACUCCUCCUGACAAGAAACAGAAAAAAAGAUCACGCAGUCCUUUGAGAAGGUCUGAGAGAAUUGAGAAGAAUGCGGUUUCAAGUUCUCCCGACUCGAAAAAGCUGAAUGAGAGUUCAGGUCCACCAUCAAAAAAGAAAAAGUUACAUGACGAUAAAAACGGAGUCACAGGCACCGAUAACGAGAGCAAGGAUAAUAACCUGGAUAUUAAGAUUAGUGAAAUAUCAAAAAAGAAAACAGGAACCCCACGCAGGUACAGGGCAUUGCUAAAGUCUAAGCUGGAUGAAAUUUCAGAUGAAUUUAAAGUGGACAUUGCAUUAAACGGGAACUGCUCUAAGUCAACCUCCAGUAAUUCUAAGAAAAUGAGCGAGGGUUUAGAUGAAUGCAAUGGAAAAAAGGAAGAUACACUGUGCAGGAAAUAUUCUGUUGACAGUAGCAAAGAAGCUGCUGAAGGAUGUAGUUCUGGUUCAAGAGACCUUGAUGAUUUGACCGUGGAUGAUGACAGACUGAAGAAAUCAACUUGUACAAGUGGAAAGAAAAAAAUCGUGGACAAAUCCCCAGUGUCGAAGUGCAAUGGUAUUUCCAAGAAGUCGUCUCCGGUUGGAUUAUCUGCCAAAAAUAAUGGUGGCUGUGUUUCUCAAAGAGAGAUGCAUGGUAUGCAUAUCAUGCACCAUACACACGAGGUGUGUGUAGAAAAAUUGACAGAGUCAGAACUGAUUGCUUCUACUUCUGAAGGAAAAUCCUUAGCUGUGGACGCAAGUCUGGAGUGUAGGGUCAAUUUCAAAGGUUCCAAGAAUGGAAGGACAUCUACUGAUGUUUAUUCUGGUGGAACAGCAAUAGCAGGGACUAGAAAUGGUUCUAAUACAGAGAUUUCUAAAGCUGAUGUUACUUCAUCACCUUGUGAGGCCACAUAUAAAGAUGUUAAAAGAUGCACUGCUUGCAAUAAACUUGAAAGGGUUCACAAUGUUUCAGAAGAUCACGAAUUGUGUUUAUGUAAUUCCCGAAGAGAAAGCAAAUUAACACCCUCUACUAUUGAGGAACCCUGUGGGAUAGUUUCUAGUCCCUGUCAAAGUGAAACUGAAGCCAUAUGUUUGCAAGGAAAUUAUGUUGAAGGAAAUUUAAUGCCUGAAGUUAGAGAACAUUCACCUCGAUCUAAAAAACAGCAUUGCUUGGUUACAUCACCCAUCAAAGAGAAUUUGUCUGUCCCUGUGGAUGUUGGUAGGGGGAAAUCCGGAGUCAGCGAUGGAGGUCACACGUAUGAAGAACGCUUGAGAGUUACUAGUCCAAAUGAGUCAUCUACGGAAGUCCAAACUGAAAGUGGCCUGAAUAGAUGUGUCAUCUGCAAGCAGUCUGGAGAGCUCUUGUGCUGUGAUGGAAAAGGGUGCAAAAGUAGUUACCAUCUUUCUUGUUUAAGUCCACCUCUGCAAGACAUUCCACCCGGUGUCUGGCUCUGUCACUUUUGUUUCAGAAAAAAAGUGGAAUUAGGGGUAUAUUCUGUGUCGGACGGAAUAGAAUCUGUUUGGGAUGUCGAAGAAGAAAUGCAGAAUGGGAAGCAGUAUUUUGUCAAAUAUAAAGGCCUUGCCCAUGUUCACAACCGAUGGGUUCCUGAAAGUCAGAUUCUUCUUGAAGCUCCUAUGCUUGUAGCCAACUUUGAGAGAGGACAUCAGAAAGAGAAGGCAACAAGGUGGAAACAAGAGUGGGCUGAACCUCACCGUCUGUUACAGAAAAGACAGACGGUGUCCCAAAGUUUGGCGGAUGGAUCUUCUAUUGAGCAUGGGCAUGCAUACUGCUAUCAUGAGUGGCUUGUGAAAUGGAAAGGCCUUGGUUAUGAGCAUGCCACGUGGGAGUUGGAAAAGUCACCAUUUUUAUGCUCAUCUGAUGCUAGAGUGCUUAUACAUGAUUUUGAAAAUCGUCAUGAGGAGGCGAGGAGAAUCUGUGAUCCUUUGAGGGCUGAAAAGGCUCUGCAAGUUAAGAAAAGUUCUUUUCACAAACUGACAAAGCUGGCUGAUGAUUUCCCUGCUGGAAUUGAUAAUGAUCAUUUAAAUUCUGUGAAUCGGCUUAGGGAAUUUUGGCACAAAUCCCAAAAUGCUAUUUUUAUUGAUGAUCAGGAGCGAAUUAUCAAGCCCAUCUUGUUUAUAUCUUCUUUAAAGUCCCAUACAUGUCAGCCUAUUCUUGUUAUCUCAACCAUAGCUUCUCUUUCACUAUGGGAGACUGAUUUCAUGAGAUUGGCGCCGUCCAUCAAUGUUGUCGUUUACACCGGGAAUAAAAAUAUUCGGAAGCUUAUUCGGACUUCAGAAUUCUAUGAUGAAGGUGGUCGCAUAAUGUUUCAAGUGCUUCUAUCACAUCCUGAUGCAGUUAUUGAGGACUUGGACUAUCUGGAUUGCAUUGGCUGGGAAGUACAAGUAAUUGAUGAUUGUCAGAACCCCAGAGUGUCCAAACACCUUGAAGAAUUUAAGAACCUUUCUACAGAAUUCAGGCUGCUGCUUUUGAGUGGGCAACUGAAGGAAACUGUUGCUGAAUACCUCAACUUUCUUUCCUUCCUUGAAUCUGGACUAAAAGUGAAUGAUUCUAGUAGUUCCAAGUAUGGUCCUAAUGAUACUGCUGGAACUCUUGCUAUAUUAAAAGGCAAACUAACACGUCAUGUGGCAUAUGAGCGAAAACCAGGCUCAUCAAAAUUUCUAGAGUACUGGGUUCCUGUUCAGCUUUCUAACGUGCAACUUGAACAAUACUGUUCGGCACUUAUCUCCAAUUCAACUGCGCUUCGCUCAUGUUCAAAAGUUGAUCUUGUUGGAGCUCUUCGCGACAUUCUUAUUUCUACAAGGAAGUGCUGUGAUCAUCCUUACGUACUUGAUGGAUCGUUGCAAAGUUCUCUUAUGAAAGACCUUCCAGCAGAUAAGUACUUGGACAUGGGAGUAAAUGCUAGUGGUAAGCUACAUUUACUUGAUAAAUUUCUCCAAGAGAUAAAGAAUCAAGGAUUACGCGUGCUGAUUCUUUUCCAGUCCAUAGGCGGUGCUGGAAGGAAUUCUAUUGGCGAUAUUCUGGAUGACUUUGUUCGUCAGAGAUUUGGGCCUGAUUCAUAUGAACGAGUAGACAAUGGAUUAAGUAUGUCAAGGAAAUUAACUGCUCUUAGUAAGUUUAAUGACAAGGCAAAUGGGAGAUUCGUAUUUCUGAUAGAAAAUCGGGCUUGCCUACCAAGUAUUAAGCUUUCUUCACUUGAUGCUGUUGUUAUAUACAGUAGCGACUGGAACCCAUUGAAUGACCUUAGAGCGCUUCAGAAGAUACAUAUUGAGUCUAGUUUUGAACAUGUUAAAGUGUUUCGUUUUUAUUCAUCAUGUACGGUUGAAGAGAAGGUUCUAAUAUUUGCAAGGCAAGAUAUUAUUUUAGACAGUAACAUUCGGAACAUUAAUCCUAGCAAUAGCCACUUGCUACUCAGUUGGGGUGCCUUGAGUUUGUUCAAUGAACUUAAUGAGUUCCACCAGCAAAAUGUGCAUGACUAUUUUAAAAAUUCCAUUGAGAAGUGUUUCUUAAAUGAUUCAACAUUGAAAUUCCUAAAUGAUGUUGUGGUGGAAUUAGUGCAACAGUUGCCAAGAAGAGGUGAAAAUAAUAGUUACCAAUGCUUGCUUUUGAUUAAAGCUCAGCAGAGUGGAGCUUCAUAUUCAAGAAAUAUUAGUUUAGUAAGUGAGAGAAAUGGAAUAUGCGCACUGGAUAAAGAUCCCUCUAGCUUCUGGUCAGAUUUAUUGGAUAAUAGAUACCCUGACUGGAGAUUCAUAAGUGAACCAUCUCAAAGGAUCCGAAGAAAGGUUCAACGUUUUGAAGAACCCAUAAAGGUACCUGAAGUGGAAAAAGAUGAAGCUAGAAAAAAACGUAGGAAGCUAACUACCAAUACCGUGGAUCCAAACUCUCUACAGGCUUGGCUUGAAGACAAAACAAAGGGAAUGGUAAAGGAUGCUGAAGUCCUUAAUGACAGUUCUCCCUGUCGCUUUAAUCAACAAGCAUUAAUUUCCACAACAACACCAACUACUCCGAGUAGCACACCAAUGGAACCAGAAACAUAUGGAAGUCUAUCUAGUGUUGGAAAAAACUGCAUGCCAAAUUCAGAUGGUACGAUCACACACGUAACUUCGUAUUUACGAGCAUCUUCCACACCUGAUGCUGCUGCAGAGCCACAUAAAUUUCCCAUCGGUGAAUCUGAAGGAAGGCGCAAUGCACAAAAGGUUCUCCAUCUCCGUCUGAAGCCAGAAAUAUCUGAGCUAUGCGACACUUUGAAACUUCAUGCUGAUGUCAAGGAUUUGGCAUACACGCUUCUUGAGUAUAUCAUGAAUAAUCAUCAUGUUGAUCAAGACCCAGACACCAUAUUGCAAGCCUUCAAAUUAUCUCUGUGCUGGAGAGCGGCUUCUUUUCUGAAACAUAAGGUGGACCACAAAGAAUGUCUUGCACUAGCUAAAAAAUACUUGAGGUAUACGUGCAGUGAGGAGCAGGUGGGUUCUGUUUAUUCAAGAUUGCGGAUGUUAAAGAAAAAGUUCUCCAUUGUUGGGGCAUUAAGACAUGAAGACAAGCCAAAUUCCUUGGAAAAUCAGUCAUCUCUGUCAAGAAAAGAAGAUGGCCGUCAACAAUUGCAUGGAGGGAUUUCGGAGUCGGCCUCAUCUUAUCUUCAAGAAUCAGAAGUCAAAGAGCAAGCCCCUGCAGGCCAGUCUCCCUCGGAAGCUAAAGAGAACCUUAUCUCAUUGCAAGAUGCGCUUUUAAAGAAAAGAGUUGAUCUGAUUGAUACAAUUUGCUCAAAAAGGAAAGAUGCCUUCCUUCUAAGGAAACAAGUAGAACUCUUUGAUUUUAAUGCAAGGAGGGAAGAAGCAAAGGCGAGGUUGAAGAGUGCACAUGAUGACCUCUUGGAGCUUAUUCGUUCUGUACACACUGACGAUUCAAUAAGAAACGACAAAAUACUAUUGUUAAAUAAAUACUUCUCAAAAAUGAGGGCUGAACUUGACCAGCAUAUGAAGUGCCAGAACGAAAAACUAAUGGUUAUGCUGGAAGAUGCCGAAAAAAUGGAGCAGAACAUUCGGGACCAAUGGCUAGAAGAAGCUAAAGCUGGCACUCUAGCAGAAGAUUUUGAAUUGCUUCCUUUGGUAGAAAGUGGAUUCAGGCUGGAGGAAUGCAAGGAGGUUGUUGAAGCAUUCGAGUCUCAUGAUGGUUCGAGAGGCAGAACGCCCGUAUCUAGAUCCGCUACAGAUCGAAUGUGCACUGAUAUUUUUACAUUCCCUGGCAUAAGAACUGGAGCAAGUGAGAAUGAUUUAGAUAGUUCAUCUACUUUUUCUAAUGGAAGGUUGGAAGAUGCGCAAAUACAUGCUUCACAUUCUAGAAACACAACUGAAAUUGGAACAAUUUCUGAAAUCGUGGAAACUGUUCCACCUAACGUGGUCGUAGUGGAAUCUACUGAACCAACUAGAACAUUUUCGGAGAUUCCACGUCCGGGUUCAGGUCUAGUUUGUGAUGUUAUGGAGAUGACUGCCCCUGGAAUAUCUAUUGGAACAACUGAAAACCAGUUAGACAUGCCAUCAACCUUUUCUACUGGAAGGAUGGAAGAUGUGCAAGCUCCACCUUCUCAUUCUAGCAAUACCACUGAAGUAGAAGCUAUUCAAGCAAAUAGAAUAUUGGUUGAAAUCCCAGAAACGCUUUUGUAUAAUAAUGCUGAUGUGGAAUCUAUUGAGCCAAACGAGACAUCUCCAGAAAUUCCUGCGACUAUGCCUGCAGGGAAUACUGACAUACCCACGGAUAAUGGAAGUUCAUUUUCUGAGUCAGUCAUGAAUGUAUCAGAUAAUCAGCCCGACACUACACGUUUGGUGCCUCUAGAAACAAGUAGAAGAAUUGCUGAAAACCAAGAAACUGUUCCACAUAAUAUUGUUGCAUCGGGAGAACCAAAUGAAAUAUCUGCAGAAACUCCAGCAGAUAUUCUGCCUGCAGGAGAUGAUGUUAUAACCCGGGAUGCUGGAACUCCAUUUUUCGAGGCAGAUGAUAUGAAUAUAUUAGCUAAUCAGGUGGAUCAAAAUGAAACAUCUACAGUAAACCCAUUGACUAUUCCGUGCUCUGGAGAUCGUGACAUGGCUGAGGAUGGUGGAGCGCCAGUUCCUGAGUCAGAUGUUAUGAAUGCAGUAGGUAAUCAGCAUGUUACUAUGCAUAUGCAGCAUAUGAUGCCCUCUGUAGCGACAUCAUUGCUUCAGGAAGGACCCGCCGAAAUACGUAUAGAUUCUUCAGUAACAACGACUGAAGCACUAGUCGACAGGAAUAUACAUGAAGGUGAAGCUAAUCCAGAAGGUGCUCACAUGAGAUCAUCUGCAUUACAACACUCUGUAGGCUUACGUUCCACUCCCCAUGCAUUAAGAGACUCUUGCUGUGGAAAUUCAGCAAGACCUAAUCUGGUACUGCCUGUAGGCGAGCAUGAUAUGCUUAGUUUGGAUGGUAGAACUGAAUGUGAGGAAGGCCCUAGUUCUCCCCUAACUACGGGUCCUUAUGCAUCCUUGGGGCAUGUUUUGACCCCGCAAUUUGAGCCAACCGUUAAGGAUACACAGACUUCAAAUUCUACCCAUAAUCUGGUUUCUCCUAUUGCCACUUUCUCUACCGAAGGAGGGCUCUGCACUGAAGUCGCACAUUCUAGUCAAUUGCUUGCAUUGUCAAUGCCACAGCCAAAUAUGGCUGAAGAGAUGCAGGUUGAAGAAUGCAACCCAUUGUCUCCUCAAUCCAUACUGCAUCCAGUGAUGCCAGCAGAGACAUUGGGAAUUCUUCGUCCUGAAAACAUGAGUUGUUCUCCUACCUCACAGACUGAAGUGCUUGUGCAGCAGUCAAUUAGAACUUCUCGUGUUUCACAAGAGCGAGGAGAUCGCCUUCUUCAGAUAUUACCAAUGGCUUCUUGUAUUCAACCGCACCAGCUUCAUCCUGACCCACUUCAGAAUGAACUUGUGAGGCUACAAAAGCAGGCUGAGCAUCACAAUAGGAUGUAUGAAGAUAAGAAGCGGCAACGUAAACUUGAGUGUGAAGAGGAGCUAGACAAGGUGCGGAAGAAAUAUGAAGCAAUGCUUAAAGAUGACGAAGCUGAAUUUCAUCAGCAACAAAAGAUGCUAGAAACAAUAUACAGCAAAGUUCUCGUCAAUAAAAUUUUAGCCGAGCAAUUUAGGACCAAAUUUAUUGAUCCUAAGGCUGGGACAUCCUCUGCCUCCCAAGCUCGAUCUUCAAGUCCAAUGCAGCAGUUUCUUCAGGCAUCAAACCCGUUACAUGCGCAGGGGCCACCAUCAACUUCAGGCUCUUUCCAUAUUCCAACCUCAGCUAACCUACCUUCAGCUGUAACUCCAUCACGUGCGUCAACCUCACUGCCUUUAUGCGGAUCAGGAGCUACUCAAUCCCACAUUCAAACCUUAGCUAACUUACCUCCAGCUGUGACUCCAGCACGUCCAUCAACCUCACUGCCUUUACGCGGAUCAGGAGCUACUCAAGCCCACAUUCCAACCCUAGCUAAUUUACCUCCAGCCACAACUCCAGCCCAAAUUUCAGCUGGUUCUUUUCGCCAUAAUCCUUCAGUUGUCUCUAGAAAUCUUGUCAGGCCCCAGUUCAGCAACAACAUGCUCCAAGUCCCUCCAAGUCAUCAAGGAGCAACUGACGCUCGGGCCCCAGCUGCACGUGCCAUGGCCCCACAUCUCCAUCGCUUCGGUCCUCGCUCAUCCAUGAUGCCACCGAUUCUUCCACCAACCUCCACAAUGCCAUCGGUUCUUCCUCCAAAUUUUCCACCUACAUGUACAACUCCACCAGUUAAUCCACCUCGACUUAGCAAUCAACACCCUACAAAUAUGAGCGCAGCAUUACUAUCUGCUACUACUGCGCCUCCUCUUAGCGGAAAAUAUUCACCUGUAGGAUCGGGACAGCUGCCUUUUUCUCGAGUUGAAUUGUCUCGUGAUCUUGGGGCCACUACCAGUCUUGCUGCAGACUUGCCUAAACUCCCUGUAAAUGAUUCUGAAAUGGCCACAUCAACUGUGGUUGCCACACCGCCUGCUGCUUCUACAGAUCCUGUUGUGUGCUUAUCAGAUGAUGAAUGAUUUUGUUGACUGAUUCAAAGUUUAAGGUUCAUAUGCAAAGGCUGACCGUAUUCACUUAACACCUCCUUGUGACCAACCCUGAAGCUUGUAUCGCCAUCGCAUUGUAAUUAACCUUUCGAGAUUUGAAACUGUCCCACUGGACAAUUGUAAAUUAAGCUCUUUAAUGAUUCAAUUAUCUCUCGCUGGGUUUAUAUAUAUAAAAGACUGGUUUACGUUGGGGUGAUC